AUGGCCUCGCCAUCAAAGCCCGCCCGCGCCGCCGCCACCAGCCCUGCCGCCGCCUCCACCUCCUCGCUGUCGCCCGGAGGCUCCGUCGACGGCCUGAGGAAGCUCCGGCUCCUCAACGCCUCGACGGCAGACCUGCCGGGCGCAGCAGCUGCCGCCGUUACCACCACCACCACCACCACCACGCCGCCGCUGCCGUCGCUCCUGGGCCGCUCACCUCCUCCCGCCCGCCUCCCGCUGCCCGUCGCGCUGCCCUCGCCCAGCAGCAACAACAACACCACCACCACCAGCACCGGCAGCAGCAGCAACACCACCACCACCACCCCGACCACCCCCCCGCGCCGCGCCCCGCGCUUCUCCACCGCGCCCCCCUCACCCGCGCCACGCUUCCCGCCGCCGCCGCCUCCCCCCGCCGCCUACAUCCCGGCCGGCGCGCGCCCGCGGCGCGUCGUCAACCUCCCCGUCGAUGCGUGCUGGGUGCGACCCUCGACGGUGCCCCUCCUCCCGCCCGCGCCAGUCCUCACGCCGACCGCCCCAGCGCGCACCGCGCCGCUGCGCACCGCACCACCACCAGCGCGCACCAUGCCGCCCGCGCCGCUGCGCAUCGCACCGGUGCGCUCGCCCGUCGCCGCCGCCACCGCCGCCAUGGCCGCCGAGAUCGCAGCGCGGCGCCGCGCGCGGCCGAUCCCCAACUUCUCGCGGCCGCUGUCCGGGCGCGGCGGGCGCGGCGCGUGGCCCGUCCGCUCGUCGUCGAUGAUGGUGCAUCCGCGGGGGCCGGUGGGGGUGGCGUUGUCGGAGGCGUUGCCCGGGAGGGGCUUGGUGGAGGGGUUGGAGGAGUGGGAGUUGUUGCCGUUUUGGGAGGAGAAGGAGGAGGACGAGGAUGAGGAGGAGGAGGAGGAGGAUGGGGAGGAGGAGGAGGAGGGGGAGGAGGAGGAGGAGGGGGAGGAGGCGGAUUGGCCGCUGGGCGAGAAGCCGCUGCCGCCGCUGCCGAGCGGGGAGGAGAGGAAGGAGGAGUAG